CAGAAAAUUUUAAGAGAACUUACUGCGAAACUUAAGGGACAGAAAAAAAUGUUAAUGUAUAUUUCACUAUUUCUUGGGGAAUUUCCUCUUCCAUUUGGUUUGAUGGGAGUGGACAGAAUGUCUAAGGAAAUGAUUUGAAAUUUACUUAGGGUGGAUUUAGUAUUGAGGUUAUUAAGAAAAAAAGAGGCAGACGCCAGCCAGCAUUGUGCUGCGCAACCCCAGGAGACCAGGUCUCACGAUUUUCUAUAUAUUGUCUCCACUUCCAAGUGGCCACUGAUUUGUUCAAAUUCCUUGCCCAGGAAUAUGACUGAUGGAUGGAAGGGCACGUUUAGAUCAAUGUAAAAUAAUAGCUAAUACUUACUGAGAGCUUACUAUUGCCAGGCACUGUCCUAAGUACUUCAGUGUAUAUUUAAUCCUCACAACAACUCAGUGGGGUAGGUAUUAAUAUCCUCCUUCUACAGAUGAGUAAACUGAGGCCCAGAAAAAUGAAUUAAUUUGCUUAAGAUCAAACAGUUAAAAUUCAGAGCUAGAGCUCCUACACACUUGUGCCACUUUGGCCUUAACCACGAAGUCAGGGGAAAGUUUCGUUUAGAGUCCCCCCCCCCCAGAGCCAUUUGACUACACACAAUUUUAACACUCUUCCAAGCUCAAGAAGCUCACUAAAAAGCAACUAAAACUGAGAGGAACUCUUGUCAUACGGAGUUGACAGUCCAUUGCCUUCUGAUCCUCAUGGCACUUAAGACUGCCUUGUGUAAGAAGCACUAAUUAUAACCGAGAGUAUUAAUCAUCGUCUAAGCUGGAUGCUUCAGGACCAUAGUGGAAGAAGCCCUUAUCCGGCUCGGGGCGGUGCAGCUCUCCACAGAGUCCAGGGGAUGCGUCGUACUAUUUGCUUCUGCUAGAUGGCCCAAUGGCCUAUGUUUUUGAGCUUUGUGUCACCCUGGCACUGCAGACGCACGGUAGAUGCGUGGUGCAGGUAGCCAGCGAUCACACUGCACUAAUGCCUUUAUGUGCUACAGCCAAUCAGUUGGGUUUAGGAACUAAAUAAACUUUAUAGAAUUGUGUAGUGCAAGGAACAUACAUAAUUCAAAAAGUGUGCCUUGAGCAUCUUAUAUGUGUCUACAAUAAAAGAGCACGGACAUCAGGAGAGGGAGUCGAAUCGGGGACUGGCAGGGUCUGUUUGGGGGAACAGACAAGGGGGCGUAAGAGUUUCAGGUACAAGCUUUCUGGGCAAGCGCGGGAUAAAAGAAUUACACAUCUGCAGUCACCUAACACUGGGGUGGGGCAGGCUUACGGGUUAAACCAGAAGGCUCCGCCCCGGGAUGCAGGGCGCCGCGCGAGGAGCUCUGGCCCCUCCCUUCGCCCUGCACUUGGGGGCGGACUCCGGGCGGGGCCAGGCCGGGCCGACGGUACCGCCCAGGAUUCCGCGCCUGCGCACUGCCGUUCGCCCCGCCCUUGGCUCGGGGCCCCAUACGGUCCCGGGCCCGAGCCGGACAUGGUGCUGUCUGAACUGGCUGCGCGCCUCAACUGCGCGGAGUACAAGAAUUGGGUGAAGGCGGGCCACUGCCUGCUGCUGCUGCGCGGCUGCCUGCAAGGCUUCGUCGCCCGCGAGGUGCUGGCCUUCCACCGCGGCCUGCUCGCCGCUGCCCCCAGCCUGGGCCCCCGCGCCUCCUGCCGCAGCGGCUCUCAGUGUAGCCCGCGCGCCCGCCAGUUUCAGCCUCAGUGUCAGGUUUGCGCGGAGUGGAAACAGGAGAUUUUGAAACACCACACCAACAGGAAUGGAGACGUCCACUGGGGAAACUGCCGGCCGGGCCGCUGGCCCGUCGACGCCUGGGAGGUGGCCAAGGUAAGCACCUGCUCGGAAGGGUAAGAGGUGACCCACCAGGUAGCCGGUCACCUGGAGCCCAGAGCCCCAUAAACAGAUGCCAAGAUAGAAAGAGAGAAAUGGGUGUUUAAUCUAGGGACUAGUGUCCAGGCGUCUCAGAGCUGCUGUGCUGGAUCCGAUCUAGCUUAGCGAGGUAGAAGCUUGCUUCUGCCCUUCUGCUAACAAGGCAUUUAAGUGUGCUACCCCUGCUUGGACAGCUGUAGGAAAGAUUUCAACAAGAGACGCUGACCCAAGAUGUAGAGCGAGCAUCAUGAGCACAGGCCCAGAGGGAGA